GUUUUUCCAUACAAUCAAAACAAACCUUUUUUUUCUCCUGACAUUUGUUUUUGCAACCAUCAUAGAGACAACGAAGACACUGAGUAACAAGCAUUGAUAUAGGCUCUGUUUUACUGCCACUCUGUGGCUGGGUUUGAGAAGCGCAGAUGCAAUGUAAUUGUCUUUGAUGAUAAUUCCAUAGUUUUUGCUUCAAAUUGUUAUUUUAGUUAUUAAAACUCAUCCAGACCCAUCAUAUUAUCAGCUAAUAUGAACAUUAUAUGACAAUAACAAUUUACAAUAAACAGAAAAGUUCAAUGCAAAUUAAGGUGACAUGUAGGUCUAAAUACUCAUACUUCAAUACUGUUUCCUGCAGUGGCAUAACCUUAAAGGGAUAGUUAACCCAGAUUGCAAAAUGCGAUCCAUACUUUGGUUUAGUUUCCCUGGCAGUAUCUGUCAAGGGACAGAUAUAAGCAUUUUUCGUGAAUCAUGUCCAAAUCAUCUGAAAGUAUCUAAAAUUGAUUGUAAAGCUCAAAGUCACAGUGGAUGAUUUGAACAUGAUGUGUAAAAAAUUAUAAUAUCGGUCCCAUGACUUGAUUGGGAUUGGUGCCACAAUGCUAACAAUUGCCAGGGAAACUAAACCAAAGCAUGGACUGCUGUCAUACUUUGUCCAUUGACUGCUUACAGAGCAAGGAACCCAAUAUGUACUUUGGGUGAAGUAUCCCUUUUAAUAUGACAACAGGCUGUGUGAUCUUUUCUUUCCUCUCAGGAAAUGAUAUGAUUUCCUGUAGGUGGUACCAUACCAUAAAUACUACCAUACUGAAUGUGUGUCAGUGUUAUUCAAAGAAAUGUCACGCUUCAGUAUCAUAGAGCAUGUUUCUGUUUACCACGGAGCUAUCAGCAAGGCCACUACUGAGAUGAUCCUGGGUGCAGUGGGGAGAGAUGGGAGUUAUCUACUCCGAGACAGUGAGAGUUUGCCCAACACCUACUGCCUAUGUGUUCUAUGCAAAGACGUUGUCUACACCUACAGAAUGUUCCAAAUCAAUGAGGGGUCCUGGACAGUUGAGACAAACCCUGGAGUAGAGACACGAUUAUUCAGGAAGAUAAGGAAUCUGAUAGCUGCCUUUGGUAAACCAAACCAGGGCCUGGAGAUGCCCCUCCUCUAUCCAGUUGAAAACCAACACACUGACCUGCAGUAGCCAUGAGAUGAUGGCUCCUCUUCAAAGAUACAAACUUUGACAACAAUAUGUUUGAAGAACUGUGAAAUGAUUCAAAUUAAAUAAUUUAUGUGUAUUUAUUUUUUGUUUUUGUAUAUUGUUUAAAUCACAUUGUUUGAUUAACUAUUUUUUAAUGUCCCGUUCAAUUUAAACCAGUGGUACUCAUAUUAUUUCAUGAUACAAUGAAAUAAACAUCAAAACAUACGGACAAAG